AUGUUGGUGUCAACGGAAAAUCGCUCGGCUUGCGAUUCAACUGGUAAGUCCAAAGUGGAUGAUCAUAGUGAUGUAUCGGGUCCGAGUCGAAAUAAUACAUCGUCAGUAGGCUCGAAGAGUCCCUUGAAGUUGAAGACUCGCCAGCAGUUGGAUUUGCAGUCGAACUCCUCGACUUCCUCAACGCCCGCCAAAUUCAAGGGUUUCAAAUAUAAGGGCCGGCCCCCAAUAACCGAGGUUCCCGAGCUUAUGGAAUUGUGCGAAGAGUUUCUCCUCACCACGAAUGUGACCGGUCUUUCCAUGAUCGCUCGCCAACGUGGUCUUCCGCCAUCGCUAAGGCACAGAAUUUGGCCUGUUCUGCUGAAAUAUCAUCCAUAUGUCUUGAACCCGUACGUGCAGCCUGAUGACGACGUUGAUGAUGAAGACGGCGAACUGAAAAUUCCGGAAGCUCAGAUCAAAGCUGACCUUAACAAGUAUCUCAGAAACGCUGAACGUUACAAGCCAAAGGUUUCAACUCCGGAGCUCAAGGACCUGUUCGAAAUCCAAGACAAAAUUUUUGAGACGUUGGAGAGCGCAAUUAUCAAGUUCCUGAAGAAAUGGGGAUCUAUUGUACAUUACAAUUCUGGCCUUUCCUGGAUUGCCCUGGGCCUCGCAGAGUGGGUUCCUCCAUUGCUCAAUUCGCAGAUUGUUCUUUGUGGGAAAGACGACAUCGCAAAAAACGGAACUAAGUUGCGAAACAUAAAUGACACUUACUUUGAGAAAAUGGAACACGAGGGCACAGGCACUGUGAGCUACUCGUCAACAUUGAGCUCGACUCCUGUGGUAUCACAAUCUCCAAAAUCUGUUUCAAGCUUGGAAAGUUUGAACCCUCAGCUCGCGUCCAAUAACCACUCAUUCAAACAAAUGACAUUUGCAGAAAUCUACGAAAGAAUGGUACUAGUUAUUCUGCACACUCCUGAUCCGACCAAGAAAUACGAAUCAAAACAGAGCGAUGAGCAUUCGGAUGAAUCUUCGGACGAUCUACCAAAGUUUGGGGGCUCGAUUGAGGAUAGAAUCUCAUUUUUCUUAUACUGCUUGAGACGCCUGCUGCCAGAGUUGCAUAAAUUCAUGUCUGAGGAGGGUCUGUUGAAAGGAGACUGGAUUUUAUGGUGGCUGAAAUACUGCUCUUCUAAAGUCUGGUCCAGGUACGAUAGAGGAAGAGUGUGGGAUCUUCUCCUUGGAUUCAGGAAUACGUUUGAUGAGGGCGACAUGGAGCAGUUGGGGCAGCUGACAGAAGAACAGAAACGUUUACUUGGCCCUGAUAUUUUUUGGAACCCAUUAUCUGAGCCAGACGUCCACUACAAGAAAGGCAGGUCCAGUAGUAUCAAAACUCUCAUCAAUCAAGUCUCUUUGUCAUUUGAUCAAACGCCAACCCUGUCAUCUCUGUCUCUGAAAGACGACGACGAUAUUGAAGAUAUGCCAUUGAACGAGACUGGCUUACCACUUUCGCAAAUUGAUGCCCAUGUCCAACUUAUCUUUAUUUCGUUGGCUUUCUUGAAGGCAAAAGAGUUCACAAUAAUGGAACUGGACCAGUCGGAGAUCAAGCAGCUUCUAAACAAUUUGUCUUCUUUGAAGAUGUCGGAGAUCCGCUCGCUGGUUGGUGGAGACGGUCAGGUUGCAACUGCGUCUCUUCCGCAAGACAACUGUUCAUGUGCUUCUUGCAACGGAAGCGUGAACAGUAGCAGUUCAGUCCUAUCUUCCCACACUUAUCAGCUGAAAAAGUCCAACAGAGACAUUGAAAAUAUCAUAUUUGAGGCAGGUGAAUUAUGGAGAAAAUUCAUCUAUCUGGAGAUGAUCGAAGAAAGCUGA